GUGGGCGGGGCUCCGGGCACCUCCCCCUCGGCCUGCCUCGCGCUGUGGUUCGCUCCGGCCGCGCUGCGCUCGCGAGUUCCCAAGAGGCCUGGCGGGCACCGUCGCCAGCGGCGCGGACACCGGCACCAGCGCCACCGGCUUCGCAGCACCCCGCGCCUGCCGCCGCCGCCGCGAUGCUGGGGCUGCUGGUGGCGUUGCUGGCCCUGGGGCUCGCCGUCUUUGCGCUGCUGGACGGCUGGUACCUGGUGCGCUUCACGUGCGCUGUGCUGCGCGCGCGCCUGCUGCAGCCGCGCGUCCGUGACCUGCUAGCGGAGCAGCGCUUCCCGGGCCGCGUGCUGCCCUCGGACUUGGACCUGCUGCUGCACAUGAACAACGCGCGCUACCUGCGCGAGGCCGACUUUGCGCGCGCCGCGCACCUGACCCGCUGCGGGGUGCUCGGGGCGCUGAGGGAGUUGCGGGCGCACUCAGUGCUGGCGGCCUCGUGUGCGCGCCACCGCCGCUCGCUGCGCCUGCUGGAGCCCUUCGAGGUGCGCACCCGCCUGCUGGGCUGGGACGACCGCGCGUUCUACCUGGAGGCGCGCUUUGUCAGCCUGCGGGACGGCUUCGUGUGUGCGCUGCUGCGCUUCCGGCAGCACCUGCUGGGCACUUCACCCGAGCGUGUCGUGCAGCACCUGUGCCAGCGCAGGGUGAGCGGCCCCCGCCCCUGGCCCCGGAGCACGGCCUUUGCGGGACCUCCAGGGGCUUCUCCUAGUCCCCGGCCACCUCCCCUAGGGAAGGCCAGCUGCCUGCACCUCUUUCGGGUGGAGCCCCCUGAGCUGCCCGCUGACCUGCAGCACUGGAUCUCCUACAACGAGGCCAGCAGCCAGCUGCUCCGCAUGGAGAGUGGGCUCAGUGAUGUCACCAAGGACCAGUGACCACCACCUUCACACCCUGCCUGCUCCGGCCACCAUCCUGGGCCUGGGGGCUGCCUGAAGAUGGGCAGGCUGGGCUGCACUCUCUUCCAGCUGGAGUGGCCUCCUGACCAGCUGGCCCACCUCCCUUCACCCACUGGGCCCCCCCAGUUAUUGAUAGCCCUCUGUGCUGGGCUCCACGCUAGGCAGAGGGAGGGGGUGGCAUUGGCAUCCUCACCUAGCUCUGCCCUCAAGGUGAGGAUGGAUGAGCAAAGGGGAGUCCUGUCUCGCCCUACAAUGAGGCCACUCGUGUGGGCCUAGGUAGGGGAGGACGGUGCCUGGAGCAGAGGGACCCACAGGUGCCUCCUGAGUCUAGAUCCUGGCUCUGACCACUGCAAGGGCUGAGGCAGGGCCAGGCCAGAGCAUCCUGGGUACAGGCCUGGGCUCUCCGGGGCCUGGGCCUGAUUCAGGUGCAGUGGGCACUCCUGAAGGGUCAGAGCAGCAUCUGCCAGGCAGUCUCCUCUGGCUUCCGCUGAGGUGGAUGGAGGCCUGGGGCAGAGCCUGGUGGUCAGAGGCUGGGGCUGGAGGCAGAUGGAAGGGAGGCAUUUGCAGACAGAGGACAGGGCACCCGGGCUCCCCGCUGCAGUCGGCCUUGCCGCCUCCUCCUCCUCCUCCAGUCAGGCUGGAUGGGAGGGUAGCCUUGUGGCUGAAAGGGGCCAGACUAGGUGACGGGGUGGCACAGGGGCUCCUGGAGAGGCAGCAGGCUUCCUGCUGGGGGUCCCUUGUGGGAGGGAACAGAGCAGGCGUGGGUCUCUGCAGGGGUGUGCUUGCCCACUCCCACCCCUCAGUGCCCACCAGGGCCAUGCUCUGUGACUGGGGCUGAUCCCUGCCCUCUCUGGGCCUGUAGUGCCACAGGCCUCUGUCCCAGUCGCUGGCCCGGCCAGCAGGCGUCUUCUUGACAACUCUGCCCUCUGUAUUUACCAUGUUCCUUGUCAGCUGCGGGGCCGGCCCUGCCUUGCACCAGCAGAGCCUCUCCCAGCAGCUUCUCAGGCCUCCCUAAUGCAGACACCAGGCUACUAGGACACUGGCCGGGGCCACCCCCUCCUGCCUCAUAACUCACCUUACAGCUGGGGAAACUGAGGACUGGAAUGCCCAGAGUCACCGAGGCAAAGUUGGGGCUGGUCCCAGCCUGAGGCUCCAGCUGAUGCCCUCAGCUCCCAGAGAGGGGGUACCCCGUCUAGCUGGGUGCGGGGGUCAUUCUUGUCAGCUCAGGGCCCUGUACCCACUUGCCUGUGCCCCUGCAUCUGUGCCUGCACAUCCAGAACUGCCUCUUUGCCGCUGCCUCCAGGAAGCCCGCCUCGAGCCAGAGCCAGGAGGGAGCUACAGCGCUGCCCCUGACAGAACACACCCACCCCCACUGCUGUUCUUGACUUAUAGCCCCCACUGGAAAGCUGCAAUCUUUCUGUUUUAUUUAAAGAAAGCCCGACAUUAAAGGGUUUUCAUUGCAAGCGUG